AUUUCAGCUUUUCCAAUAUUGAGUCUACAGUUGCUUUUAGCCAUCCAGUUUCACUUAAAGCCAUCAUUGAGGUUCUUCUCAUCCUCAUGUGAUGUAUGUGGCCCAAAGGACGCAUUGUCCUAUUUAUAAGGUUGAUGGCUUCUUUAAUGAAGCUUUUAAGCUUUAAUAAAUCUUAUGUAUUUAUAGGUUGACGUAGGCAUUGUGGCCUAUGUUAUAUUGGUCGGUGGAAUUGGCACAAAUGGACGGCUGAAAUCUGAGAAGAAGAUAGGUUGAGAUCUGUGAACAGGGGAGGGACACUUCGCUAUGAGGGGCAUUUUCGUCAAUCGAGGAGGCGCAAAAGUGACAUCCAGUUCGGGGAAUCCUCUGAUAAUGUUUUGUCACCCAUGAUCUUCUCGUCCUUGGGGAAUCUCCCACACUAUCCCACUUGGGCCCCACGCAACCUCUAUCUCCUAUUCAGUUGAGAGGAGGGUAGGCGUGAACGGGUAUGGAAAGUAUUGCUCUUCGGUACGCAUAUCUGGACUCGUAUAUAAAAUUCUACUCUCUCAUUUCGCUCCCCUAUUUCUGGUCUCUACUUCCUUUUCCUUUUUCUCGUCUCUCUCUCUCUCUCUCUCUCUCUCGCAUCCAUCCCUUCGCGAUCGCAAUCUCCGACAUUGUCCAAGCUGAAGCACGACUUCCCGCGUCGAUCUAUCUUCCCGUCGCGGUUAUCUAACCGUUUCUCCUUUUCUCCUAUCUAUCGCUGCUCGAAUUGUUUCCAGAACUGUUAAUUAGGGUUUCGCCGCGCGCUUCGAGGAUGACGCAGAACGGGAAGCUGAUGCCCAAUCUCGACCAGCAAAGCACGAAGAUCCUCAACCUCACCGUCCUCCAGCGGAUCGACCCCUUCGUGGAGGAGAUCCUUAUGACCGCCGCGCACGUCACCCUUUACGAGUUCAACAUCGAGCUUAACCAGUGGAGCCGAAAGGACGUUGAAGGAUCACUAUUUGUUGUCAAGAGGAAUACACAACCCAGAUUUCAGUUCAUUGUCAUGAACCGGCGCAACACAGAUAAUCUGGUUGAGGAUCUUCUGGGAGAUUUCGAGUAUGAAGUCCAGGUCCCAUAUCUAUUGUACCGAAACGCAGCUCAAGAAGUCAAUGGUAUAUGGUUCUACAAUUCACAUGACUGUGAAUCAGUAGCAAAUCUUUUCAGCAGGAUACUUAAUGCCUAUUCCAAGGUACCUCCAAAGCCUAAGGUAUCUUCCAAAAGUGAGUUUGAGGAACUUGAAGCUGUUCCCACUUCAUCAGUAAUUGAAGGUCCUCUUGAGCCAACAGCAACAUCUGCUGCUACAUCAAUCACCGAUGUUCCGGAUGAUUCAUUUGUAAACUAUUUCAGUAAUGCUGUGAACAUUGGAAAUGCAACUAAUGCAGCAAUUGGAGCGCAACCACCUAUUGCUUCUACAACUGUUUCUGCUACUUCGCAUGCUGUCAGUCCAUCAGCGGUUCCAACUGUUCAGUCCACCCUCACUAUCCCAGCUUCAUCCACUCUAAUCCCACCUCUGGAUGUGCUUGAAUCUAACAGUGGAAACAGCAACCGUGCCGCAAAUCUUGUGAAACCUUCAUUUUUCUCACCAGUGCUAUCUUCUUCUGUAUCGGCAAUGCCUCCAGUAUCGUCUUCAAUUCCAGCUGCUCCACCUCUCCAUCCUCCGGUAACAAUGCAACGUCCAUAUGGCACUCUAUUACUUCAACCCUUCCCACCACCCACUCCAUCUGCAUCCCUCACUCCUACGCCAAACUAUGGCCCGGUUAUUACAAAGGACAAAGUCCGUGAUGCUUUAUUGAAACUUGUGCAGAAUAAUGAAUUCAUUGAUAUGGUCUACCGGGAGAUGCUAAAUGCACAUUAUUCGUGACAAAAUAAUAAGACGUUGGUGACAAAUGGAGAGAUUGUGCUCAGUGCAUGAUGUUGCUAAUCGUGUAGCUUAUUCAUGUAGAGGUUUUGUAAAUCUUCGUGAGUUGCAGAUGAAAGACAUGGUACUUGUGUUUAUAUGUAUCUUUUAGGUUAUUUGUGGAUGGAAGUACUCGUAACUUUCUUUUUUGGUAUGAUAUCUGUUAUUUACCAGAGUAAGUCAUCAUCACAAAUUCA